GGUGGUGGCACCACUGUUGUUAUGGUCUUUGACGUCUCCAAGUUCCGACAGAGGAGAAUUUAGUCUGCAAUUCUUUGUGUCUUGUUUCGAUUGUUGCCCAGUUCUAAACCCCAACGCAGUCAUGGGGGACGAGGUUCGUGAAGCGGAUGGUGAGAAGCGUGUUGAAGCUCCAACCAACCAAGAUAAUCUCAUUAUGGAACAGCAGCGUCAAAUUGAGGAAGAGAUAUCAGAAGCUAUUCCCCUUGUUGGUGUCAAAGAAGACCUUCUUUGCGCCCUUGAGAAAGAGUAUGCUGCUGAUCCGAUUUACACAAUGAAAGCCAAAGAUCUGUCAAGUAAAUACAGCAGCAUUAGAAGAAUGAGACCAGACGGAAAUUGCUUUUUCCGUGCAUUUGCAUAUGCCUAUUUUGAGCGACUGCUGACCAACAAGGACGAAUAUAAGAGUUUCUAUGACAUUGUUUCCAAAAGCAAAGACGAUUUGAUUGAGCUUGGUUUCCCUCAAUUCACACUGGAAGACUUCUAUGAUACUUUUAUGGAAGUUGUGGAGAGAAUUGGUGGUGGUGAAAUGGCCCAGGAUGAGCUGUAUGAGCUUUUCAAUGUCACCGGCCAAUCAAACUACAUUGUUGUAUACCUACGUCUCAUCACUUCGGGCAAACUGCAACGGGACGCUGAUUUUUAUCUCAACUUCAUCGAUGGCAACCGCACAAUGACGGCAUUUUGCCAUCAGGAAGUUGAACCUAUGUUCAAAGAGAGUGACCACAUCCAUAUCAUCGCCCUCAGUGCUGCCCUGAAUGUCGGCGUGCGCGUCAGAUACAUGGACCGUGGGGAUUCAGCUCAAGUCAUCGCCCAUGACUUCCCUGAGGGCACCACGCCAGCAGUGCACCUUCUGUACAGACCUGGACAUUACGACAUUCUGUAUGAGCAUUAGGUUGUGAUCUUGUAUGAAAUAUUUCUGAGAGGUUUAUUUAGAGAAAUACCUGUGCACAGUGCUAAAAUAAUACAAUAAGUCCUAAAAUAGCUGGUUCAACUGUACAAGAAUUAUUGUAAAAUACCUCAGUGUUUUUGCCAAGAAAUUAUUUGUAGUGUUACCUGCUUAAAAUGCAGUGCAGUGUAAAAGUCUGUUCUUAAGUCUGACAUCUUAAAAUAAUCUUAAGCUAUAAAUUAUCUGGACCCUUUAGUGCUGUAGAAAAAUAAUAAUCAUACCAGCACAUUCAUCUAGGUGAUGCACUCGGAUGCUUGAGGAACUUUUUUUCAUACUCUGCUAUAUCUGCCAAAUUAGAUAAAGUAAAGUUUAUCGAAGAAUACUUGGAUUUUUCUUGUGUAACUACUUGAAAUACAUAUACAAGUGAGUUAGUUUCACCUCUAAUGCUAGAAAGGUGUUAUACAAUUUCAAAUCUUCUCAGGGAGCUAAGAUUUUAGUUUUAUAAUCUGUGAAGCUGACUGAGCCAAUGUUUAUUCUGAUCCGGGAAAAGAAAAAGACAAACUGUGCUGUGUUUUUAAAGAACUCCAAUGCAGCUAUGUGUUAUCAGUUCUACUGUGCUAAUUUAGCUUUAGGUAAAGAAUAUGACAAGAUAAAUUUGUGACUUCUGGGGACAACCAGCCUUAAGGCAAGAAAAAAUGAGAACGAUUAUUCCUUUUGGAUUUCUUCUUUUUUUGCUCUUUCUGUGAUAUUGCACUCAUAAUGCACUGUGAUCAGGUGACAAUGGGCUUAACACAAUCAGUGAUAUUCUUCUUUGCUGAUACCACUUCAUUUCUACAAAUUGUACUUCAUAAAGAUCUGAUUGUUUUGACAAUAGAUUUGGAUUAUUUUAUUUCUUCACUACUGAAUGUUGUUGUUUUCUUUGGCACCUUAUGGCCAGUCAAUGAUUGCUAACUGAACCUUGAUGGUGUUGUGUAUUGCACCACUGAAUAUUCUUUUGAAUGUGUUUCAAAGAAAAGGAUGACAAUGUAGAGAGUAAGACUGCAGAUCAACUUGCAUCAUUGCGCAAUAAACAUGCAGCUAGUCAGUUUCAAAACAUUUAAUAAAUUUUGUUCUGAAAUAAUUUUAUUUACUGAAUAUCGAAUUCUUUAUCUUGUAAUAUUCACAGCAUACAAAGUGGUUGAUAAAUUGUUUUAUGGACCAGUUAAAAUCAUUCAAUCAGUUGACAUUGUCUUGUCUGUCAUGAGCAUUUAAAAAUAGCUUCUUUAAAAUUAGGAAGGGCAUGAACUAUGCAGAGAAUUGUGGGGAAUCCUACUUUUUUUUGGCAGAUACCUAACAAGUUUGUCAUGUGUAUUUAAAGUGUGUCUGUGGUUCCAAGUAAGUGUGAUAGUUUUUCUUUUAGUGUGAAUGUAGAUGUGACUGUGAAGGUCUUCACUUGUAUCAUGUCUAAGUAUGAAUGGCGGGUAUAAUUUCAGAGACCAAUUGGAAUUAUAGGGCAUGUAUCAUGAAGGACAUCUUAUCAAGAGGAAAUUAACUGUCUCCAAAAUUUGGACACGAUUGCAUAUCCAAUGCGCUUGAUAAGUUGACCUUCAUAAUACGCAUACGUAUAAAAUUUUAUCUCCUCGGUAAAUUGUGAUGUUAGAGUUUGGUUCAUAUCGUUGUAGUUUUCUAUUCAAUAGAUUAACUUGUACACCAGUUGUUAGCACUCCUUUUGGAAUUUCUUAGUUCUUGUUUCAUCAGGGGCUACAGAAAGUUGUACCUUUGUGAUGUUCUGUAGAACCCUCAUAUUAUGUGUUAAAGAUGCGAAUGAAUCAAUAAAAUUGGUUUGUCAGAU